UUUCGCACACCAGAGGAUAUGCAAAUUACUGUAAUCGGAGAUACUGAAGAUUCUGAAGUACAAUUCUUAAACAUAGCUCCACCAGCACCGGAGAAGAGGAGAGAAAGAAAGAGGCCUAGGUGGUUCGAUGAGUACACUGCAAUGAGGAAAAGGAAUAAGAAAUCGAAGACAGCAGUGAAUGUGGAUCCAUUGAGGGUUGUUGAUGGUAAAUUACUUAUGACCUUUCACAAGUGGUUGCUUGGCACCAUUGGGAAUAAAUAUCCGAGGGAAUGCUUCUCAGGGACACACGAUGCUGCUUGGUUCCUGAAACUGCAUACUCCGAGGACAUGGCUUUCUGACUCUCAUUUAGAUGCAGCAUUUCAUCUCAUGAGGAGGCGUCUAGAAUUUUAUCCUAACGUGUACCCUCAGAAAUGUGUUGUUAUGCCUACAAUUUUUCCCGAAUCAUUGAAGGGUCGGUGGGACGCUUUUCCAGGUUCUGACUACUCUAGAUUUAGUUGGGAUGACAGUAUAUUGGACCUGGUUAGGGGUGAUGCAGUCCAGUUCUUACCGAGUUGGCAGAACAAGGAGUUCAUUUAUUUUGCCCUCUUCUUGAAAGACCAAAUGCAUUGGGUAGCUGUAGAGGCAGACCUGAAUGGGUGGAUGCUCAACAUCUUUGACUCCAGUAUUGGAUCAAUUUCCGAAAACGAUUUGAUCAGCUUGAUGGUUGACUGGUGUACCAUUUUCCCGUCGGUCUUGCGACAGUCCGGUUUAUUUGAGAACCAUGACGUUAUACUCGCGCCUCAGUUGACAGCAUCAGAGAGUCAGGUCAGACCCUUCGAUUGGAAACUCAUUCCACGUGAAUUCGUACCGCAAACAAAAUCCAGGUGAACUUUAUUAAAUAUCACAUAUUAAUUAUUAUUUCUUAAUUACAAAACUUUAUUAAAUUAUUGUUUAUUUUCUAAUGCAGUGGCGAUUGCGGAUGUUACGUAAUUGAGCAUAUUGAACAUAAGCUUCUACAACUACCAUUUGAUAAUGUAACUGACAAUAAUAUGAAACUUUUUAGGCAAAGGUGGUGUGUAGACUUAUUCUACCAAAACUUAUGUUGAACGGUCUUAAUUUUUUUGAAUUGUAUAAUUUUUUUGAUUGCUCUUUUUGUAAUUACUACAUUUUAAUGUGCUUAAUCUUUGCAUCGUACUAUCAUCGAUCACUAUCGUACUCUAUCGUACCCUCACUUGCCUCACAAAUUUCACGAACAGUCCUGAAACCAUACCAUCGUACCAUUAUCGGACAAAUAUCGUACAUUAUCGUACCCUAAUGUCGUACAUUAACUAUCGUACUAC